AUGGGAAGUGAAGCAGAGAGCGAAGUGCGCGCGCAGGAUCCGGUGAACGGCCUGCUUAUCGUCGGUCUCUCUGUUCAAUCGCAAGGCGCUAGAGCUGGUGUGGGAGGUCUCAUGGUUGAGGUAGUCGACGCUCCUCACAGUGACUCUCAAGCACCUGCCUCGCUCGUGCUUGCGACGACCACGUUUUCCAAAUCCCACCACCUCUCCCGCAGCCAACAAAACUCCUCCAAAACACCGAAUCAGCAUCUCAACUCCAUCCAAGAUUUCCAAAAUGACGUCCCCCGCCCCCGCGCCUCCAAACUCGCAAAAGAACACAACAUCUCCGCCCACGAAGAGCGCGAGAUCCGCGAAGCCUUUUCCCUGUUUGCCGAACCCCUCAAAGGCUACUCCAAAGAAGGCGUCAUCCCCACAUCAGACGUCCGGUCCUGCCUCGUCGCCCUCGGCAUCCCGCCCUCCUCCCGCGACGAGCAGGCCGAGUUCGUCGAUAUCUUGGACCCCGAGGGCGAAGGCUUCGUCGCCUACGAGCCGUUCUUCGCCGUGUGUGCGUUGAAGUAUCAUCAGAGGGAAGAACGGGGCGGAGGGGAGGCGAGGAGGAGGGAGGUGGAGGAGGCGUUUGGGCUUUUCACGGGGGCCGGGGCUGGCGGAGGUUCUUCGGCGUCGGGUUCUGCUGGCCCACGGGAUGUCAUAACGAUUGCGGACCUCAAGAGGGUUGCUGCCGUGCUUAGGGAGGACGUCAAGGACGAGGUGCUGCGGGAUAUGAUCCUCGAAGCCAACGGCGGCGCGGGCGUAGGCAAGGGAGUGAGGAGGGACGAGUUUGAGGAGGUUAUGCGGCGGGCUGGGGUUUGGCGAUGA